AACAUGAAGUUGAUUUAAAAUCUUUUUCUAAUUUCUUACAUUUAAUUCAAUUAAUGUGAUCAAUUUUUAAUAAGUUCGGAAGAAUUUGAUGAAUUGACACUUUAAAUUUUCUUCUAUUCUAAUCAAAGUUAAAUAUUUUCUCUUCCAUAUUCAGUUGCUGUUCUUAUUUACUUUUUGUGAUAACAUUUUCUCAUCUUGUUGAUUAAUUAGUUUUUUCUGUUCUUGUGAUUAUAUCAAGAUAUUCACUUAAUCUAAAACAAAUAGAUCACUAAUUAGUACUUGAUUGAGAUUCUUUGUUUCAGUUUAAUCGAUUGGUUAGUGAAAUUGAACCAUUUUUUGGAUUGUCAAACAUUUUCUUCACCAUCCAAACAAUUGUACUUGUUAUUUGAUGACCAAUAUGAACAGUAUCAUUUAUACUCGUGAUAAAUUAAAGAUUCUUGACCAAAGGAAAUUACCCUUAAUCGAGAUAUAUGUUGAUAUUAAUUGUGUUGAAGAUGGUUUCAAUGCAAUUAAAGACAUGCUGGUUCGAGGUGCUCCUUGUAUUGCUAUGGUUGGGAUUUUGUCUAUAGCUGUUGAAUUAACUGAUCCAGAGAAAUUGAUCAACCAGGGUAAAUUGUCUGGAUUAACUGUUGAUGGUUUACAAAGAUAUUUGAAUAAAACAUGCCAAUUACUGUGUGAAGCUCGACCAACAGCAAUUAACCUUCGAAAUGAAUGUGAAAAAUUGCGACAAUUUGUUAGCGACAUGUCCAAAAAUCCUAAUGUUACUAUUGAAAAUUUGAUUGGUAAAAUUGGCGAUUACAGUGCAGACCUUUUGAACGAGGAUAUUAGAGUUAAUCGAUCUAUUGGUAAAUUUGGUGCUGAUCAUUUCAUCGCUAAUUUGAUGACUGAUGAUUAUAAACUAAAGGUCCUAACCCAUUGUAACACUGGCAGUUUAGCAACUGCUGGUUAUGGAACUGCUCUCGGAGUAAUUAGAGCUCUUCAUGAGGCCGAUAAAUUGGAAAUGGUUUAUUUCACCGAGACUCGGCCCUACAAUCAAGGAGCUCGAUUAACUGCAUUUGAAUUGGUUAAAGAGAAAAUUCCAUGUAAACUGAUUUGUGACAAUAUGGUUGCCGCUCUAAUGUCAACCCGUAAAAUUGACGCUGUUGUUGUUGGUGCUGAUCGAGUGGUUCAAAAUGGCGACACUGCAAAUAAAAUUGGAACUUAUCAAAUCUCUGUAAUCUCCAAACAUCAUAAGGUCCCUUUUUUUAUUGCUCUUCCUCUGUCAACCUUUGACCCUAUCACGAUAAAUGGCAAAGAAAUACCAGUCGAGGAAAGAUCCCAAGAUGAGGUCAAAAUGAUUAACGGUCAAUUUAUCGCUCCACCUGAAGUCUCCUGUUGGAAUCCGUCAUUUGAUAUAACACCAAGUGAAUUUAUAACCGGAUAUAUAACAGAAAAUGGUGUUUUCAACGCUUCCGAGUUAGCGAAACACUACAAAUCCAUUUACACCAAAUAACUAAACAAAAGCUAUUAAAUUAACUGAAUUAAAUUUAAUCCUAAUCAAAGAAAUAGUAAAAAAUAAACCGCCCCCUUUGAUGGAUACAAA